GUUUCGCAUCACCUGAUCAGUUGGGAGGUUUUCAGCGCUAUGUGUAGGGAGUAGGUUACUGUCAACCAGCGACAGGUUUGUUUUAUCGUAAUAAUACCGAUAAUCUAAAAAUGUAUACAUAUAACAACAGAAUAUCGUAUGGAAGCUACGGGUACAGCUGAGAGCUACACAAACCCGUCUAAACCGUAGUGAUACCGAUGCAACCAUGUGGAGAAGGUCUAUGAGUACGGGCUACACAUGCUUUGGGUACAAGAGCAUUGGAUUAAAGGGAGUUUGGGUCUCCCAUGCAGUGCAUACAUGCAACGCUCCAGUCUUACCUGCAGGCAGGAUCACAGCACUUCAGGCCAUGGACUUCUGGAAGAAGCACUUUGAGAGGACAGGUGUGGCGGAGCCUGACCAGUCUAGCCAGUACAUCAUUGCUCAUUUGCUUGGGGCUAAAACUAUAGAAAGUCUUGAGCAUGGGAAGUUAGCGGAGUUUCUCAGCCACGAAAAAACAGAGCAGAUGUGGAAGCUCUGCACUAAACGUCUCUCCAGAAUGCCUGUGCAGUAUGUGAUUGGGGAGUGGGACUUCAGAGAUCUAACACUGAAGAUGAGACCUCCUGUGUUCAUACCAAGACCUGAAACAGAGGAGUUGGUUGAACUUGUGCUCACUGAUCUGGAGAUGAAGCCUGAGACUGGAGUGAGUGUGGACACUCAUCCUACAUGUUUGGAAGUGGGAUGUGGCUCUGGUGCUAUUUCUCUUAGUCUGCUGAAGAGUCUGCCCCAGCUUAAAGCCAUUGCCUUGGAUCAAAGCCAGGAUGCAGUGACAUUAACAGCGGAGAACAUGUUAAGAAUGGAGCUUGGCGAUAGAUUACAGAUCUAUCAUCUAGAUGUACUGACAGAUACGGAAGCUGUGGUGGGCCUCUGUAGCCCUGUUUCAGUUUUGGUCAGCAACCCUCCGUACUUGUUCUCAGAGGAUAUGGCGUCACUGGAAGCAGAAGUUUUUAGGUUUGAAGACCACUCCGCUUUAGAUGGAGGCAAAGAUGGCCUAAAGGUGAUCAAACAGAUUUUGACUCUGGCUCCACGGAUUCUGUCCAAUCAUGGUCGUGUUUACUUGGAGGUGGACCCCCAACACCCCCUGCUCAUUCAGCGAUGGGUAAAGGAAAAUGUGGAAGAGCUGCGUUACAUAGAGACACGGCGCGACAUCACCGGCAGGCCACGAUUCUGCAUCCUUCAGAAAGAGAAGUCUAACCAGGACCGUGAGCUGGCUUUCGGAUUGAGAAACUGAGAUCCUAUUACACUGGCUUUA